AUGGGCGUAGACACGAUUGAGCAGGUAAAUGAUGGUGUCCUCAACUCCGAGGCGGGGCUGGUAAGCAAACUGAAGGGGAUCCUGAUGUGGCCUGACAACAAGUUGGAGCUGGUCAAGGAUGACUCUUUCCAGGGUCUUCAUGACAGGGGUUUGGCUCUGAGCAGCAGAUCAGAACUUCAGCAGGUGCUUGAGAGGAGGAAAAGGGAACAGAGUUACCAGGAUGAGGAACAACAUAGUAGGACUCCUCUGGAGAAAGUCCUACUCAGACGUCAGCAGAAACAGCAUGAGAGAGAGAAAAAACAAGAUGAGGAGGUACGAGAGGAAUCCCAGCUGAUGGAGUUUGUUAGAGUCCGACAGAACUUAAGAAAGAUCCACACCGUGGUCCAGGACAAGAAUGCAAACUCUUGA